GCGGGAGGGGCAACUCAUGAGCGGAGACGCACGCCGACCGUUGUGUCAGUGCCGCCAAGCAUGCCGCCGAGCGUCCUGCUGCUCCUGGCCGCCGUGGCCGCCGCGGCCGCCGCGCAGACCACGCAACCCCAACGACAGCCAAUCACGGAUGAAGAUCCGGUGUCGGAGUUUGAAGUGGGAGGGCCUCACUGUCCGCCGUCCGUGAGUCCGGUGUCCAAGGGGCUGUGCAGCGUGCAGAAGUGCUACGCGCACGCCGAGUGCCAGGGCAACGGCCGGCUGUGUUGCUACAACGGCUGCGUCUACUCGUGCAUGCUCAAGAUGCUUCCGCCCUUAGUUUUCGACUGGAUCGAUGAGGACUCACAGGAGGAGCAUGGAACAAACGAAACGAUGGCCGAAGAGACUUGGAGUGCGUCUCACCAGCAGAGCUCUUCGGAGGAAGAAAAGGACGAGGAAACCGAGCAGGAAAAAGCCGAGGCAAUCGCACCUGGACACGUAGUCGCGCUUCCUGAAGGGUGCGUCCUGACGCAGAAGGACUUUGAACUGCUGCUUGUCUUCCAGCAAAAGGAAUACGUCGAAAAAUGUUAUUGCAAGGACGGCGAAGUGUUUUGCAAAGUGCACGGGUCGGGCAAGAAGAAGGCGACAACGACGUGACACGCGAGAGCGAUUGUCGCCGCCGCGCAGCCCCAGCAGACUGAUGAGAAAAAGAAGCCAUUAAAAGAAGUGCGUGCGUCCCUUGAUAUACAUAAUAUACAGCAAACGCAGGAAUGAGGCGGAAUGGAAAUGAACAACGUCGGCACGGGAAACACAUACGUUUCGAGGAAAAAAGAAAUGAGUCAACCGCGCGCCGGCCCAUCUGGUUUCCAUCACUAUCGCGCUGGAAAUUGAUAAAAUACUGUCACGAUCACGCACUUGUUUCAAUGGUUAAAACAUGUGGAAGAUAUUUUUUAAAAUUAAUUUAAAAAUAUGCCUCGCACUCAGGAUUUAUUUCUAAAUUUUUUGUACCGUCAAAAAUUAGUUUUAAUUUUGUUAGAUUUUGAAAUAAAAAAUAUUUUCGCCAGGA